UGUCAACUGUCGACCACAUGUCAACUGUCUAAAUAGAUGCCGAUCUAUAAAAAAAUUUAGAUUUUUCAAACAAUUCAAAGAAAUUUUCGAUAGAAUAUAAUAAAAUGUAUUGAAUUCUAGGCCAAUUAUUGGUAACUACUGCAUUUCCAGUAAAUGUCUACAAAAUAAUAACGAUACUUGUUCGAUAUUGCCAAAAAGUUAGGUGGUAGCAAAAAAUGACCAGGGAAAACAUAGAACUCGGCAAUGUAACUCCACACAACAUAAAACAAUUGAAACGGUUAAACAGUGUAGUGUUCCCAGUUUCCUACAAUGACAAAUUCUACAAAGAUGUCCUGGAGGCAGGAGAACUAGCUAAGUUAGCCUAUUACAAUGACAUAGUUGUAGGCGCAGUCUGUUGCAGGAUAGAUGUCACUGAAAAUUUCCGCAGACUCUACAUCAUGACGCUGGGAUGCUUAUAUCCAUAUCGGAGACUGGGUAUUGGCACCAUCAUGGUACAACAUGUGCUGAAUUAUGUUGAGCAGGAUGGGAAUUUUGACAGCGUAUUUUUACAUGUUCAAGUGAAUAAUGAAGUAGCCAUUAAUUUUUACAAAAAAUUUGGAUUUGAGAUAGUAGAAACCAAAGAACAUUAUUAUAAGAGAAUCGAACCUGCGGACGCAUAUGUAUUACAGAAGACAUUGCGGAAAAGUGGACAAGUAAAUGGAACCAUUGAAUAGCUACCACAUUGAUGAAGACAUUCUCUAUUUGUCUCAUGCACAUUAAAAUUCUUGUCAUUCUGUUUAUGUUGAUUAAAAAUAAACUACAUCAAUUACCUAA